CAUCCUCGCCUUCUUCUCUUCUCUCUCUUCGAUCCUAUCCUUGUUAUUUCUCUUUACUAUCCCUUCAAUCUCCCAUAAAAUACCACUAUUAAAAACAGUAUAUUACAAAUGAUCAUGAUAUCUUCUAAGGAAAAGCUCCAAGCAUUUCGCCUCGUCAGUUUGGAUGGGUCAUCCACUCCUGUAUCGGAUAUUCAUUACAUUGAAACCCGAUUUGACCAUAAAACACAACAGCACAUCAUCCUCUGGGAGGACAUUUUAUCUUCUUAUAAAGAUGCAAUUCGUGUUAUGAAAGGAAAAGUGACUUUAUCCUUUCUCACGGACGAUAACUUUGAACAUAUAAAACCACUUCGAAUCCGUGCAGAACCUGAUACCAUACUGGAUAUCGUUAUUUCUCUUCAAGCAGGCGUCCCAGCGGAGUCAAGCCUAGAAGCAACAGCGAUUCAAAAAAGAAAGAGGGAGUCAGCUGCGACAGAGCUGGGUGAAGUGACCACUCCUAGCUCUGUCGAAAUUAAUGACAGCUAUGAUCACAAAAGUUUCAAGGCAAAUAUGGAGCAUUUUUUCGAAAGACAUGAUGAUGUAGCCUCCUUAAUCAUAGCUGGGCUUCAUUUGGAGGGUACUUCAAGUAAUAAAGCAGCGCCUUCGACAAGCCCAACUAUUGAAGAAAAUUCAGAGUUAAUGCCAACGCCACUUGGUACAGAGAUUCAGCCAGGAGGAGUAGAUAAUGGGGAUGUCUAUGAUCAGGCCAGGCUUGGUGAGAUCCUUGGGGAUGAAAGAGAUCCACAGGGUCGUCCGAAAGACUUCGACUGGUAUCUCAAGGCAGCGAACAAAGGAAAUCCUACCGCUCAGAAUAUCAUAGGCUACAUGCACCUUAAGGCUAAUGGAAGCUCACAGGGGUAUUCGAGAGCUAUCUACUGGUUUACCAAGGCAGGCGACCAAAACAAAGCUGCUGCUCAAAAUAACCUGGGUUAUAUGUACUACCGUGGUAUGGGGCUUUCAAAGAACUAUUCACAUGCCUUCUACUACUUUUCCAAAACAGCCAACAAUGGAGAUGCUAUCGGUCAGAGUAAUCUAGGGUACCUGUACGAACAUGGUAAAGGGGUUCCACAGAACUAUUCGACAGCCCUUGCCUGGUAUCUCAAGGCAGCCAGCCAGGGAAAUGCCGGCGCUCAGAGCAAUCUAGCUUACAUGUACCUUGAAGCCAAGGGAUGUUCACAGGAUUAUUGUAAAGCUACAGAGUGGUACCUCAUGGCAGCCAACCAAGGGAACACCACCGCUCAGAGCAAUCUGGGUUACAUAUACUCUCGUAAAGAAGGAGUUUCACGGGAUUAUUCAAAAGCUGUAUACUGGCUCCUCAAGGCUGCAAACCAAGGAAGCCUUAGUGCUCAGAGUAAUCUAGGCUAUUUGCACUCACGCGGCAAAGGAGUUAAACAGGACUAUCCAACUGCCAUCAGCUGGUAUCUCAAGGCGGCCAAUAAAGGGGACGCCACCGCUCAGAGUAACCUAGGAUACAUGUACUACCAUGGUGUAGGAGUUUCACAGGACUAUUCGAAAGCCUUAGGCUGGUACCUCAAGGCUGCCGCUCAAGGACAUGUUAAUGCUCAGCGCGUUGUUGGCUCUCUGUAUCGAGAUGGAAAGUGGGCUCCUAAACGUCAACCUGAAGAAGAGGAAUAAUGUCAAAUUUAAAUAAAAUAAAUAUAUAUAUAUAUAUAUAUAUAAAAGAGAUGC